AUGUUAAUUAAUUUUUUUCUUUUCUUCUUUGCUCAUGUAUUCUUUUAUUUCGUAAAUUAUAGUGACUAUAAUUAUGUUAACUGCUUUUACAUGCCUAAUACUUUCUCUACGAAGUUUUUUUAUUUGAAAGAAUCGAAUGAAACAACAAACUACUCGGAGGGGCGUGAAAGAUACUUGCAGGAAAAAAAAAUGAAGCAGUUAAAGCUUAAAGCCGAAAACAAGUCCGUCAAACAGUUGAGAAUAACUCCACGAAUUGCUGCUAAUGAUCUGUUAAUAAAGAUUAAUUCCGCGAAGCAGUUUUUAUUGAGAAGACACAGAGUUAAGUUUGUUUUGACCCUGAGGGGACGAGAAUACUCAAACAUUGAAAAUGUAAAGAGGAUAUUUUCAAAAAUACAUGAAGAAUUGAAAACUUAUGGAAAUUCUGACUCGAUGCGACAGAACGGAAAUAUUGUGUCGCAAUUAUUUAAUCUGAAGGCAAAAAGGAAAAACGAAAUUUGA